AUGUCUACCAAAUCAUUCAUAAGCCUAAUCAAGGAGUUACAGGAAUUCUCCAUGGCCAGUUUUAGGCGGCGAUCAAAGGAUGUGGCUAAGAAAGAAAAUGCUUUACUUAUCUACAAGAGAAUGCAGUUCAAAAAGGCUGGAGAGCAACUCACACCGGAACAAGAUAAGCAGUUGGUGAAAUCUGUGAAGGCUCGAUUUGGAGCACAGGCACCUAAAUCCGAUACAGCGUUACUACAAUUCUUGAAUCAGAACGAUUUGGCACCGGGGUAUAAGCGUCAUUUGGAUGACAUAACGCUGUUCCUCAAGUCGCAGAGAGUUUAUAUGGAGUUGUUGGAGAGAUACAAUCCGGGAAUUAGUAUGGCUCAGAAAGACAAGGUCGAGAAGACUGCCCAUAGAGUUGGAUUACAAGUUCCUGAGUGA